AUGAUCAACGAUAUCAGCCACAACACACGCAAACCACAGCACACAUUGGAAAGGAUGCCUCAAGACCCGAAUCUAUAUGGUCAGCGACCAGUCAAGAAACAAAAGCGAGAUGCAGCAUUAACCAGCUCGCUCGACUUCACUGCUCAACUGACAUCACUGAUGUCAAAUAAUUCGUCAGGGGGGACAUCUUCUGGCCGCGCAAGACCUCGGAAGGAAGGAAAAGAUGACAUCUUCAAAGGGACAAAACCAAAACGAAGCAAAGGGUCUGAUGGAUCAAAGAAACUGGAGCUGAAGGAGGUCACUGGCACAGAGGAGGAAACUCAGGAGUUAGCGCGAGCGAAGCGCAGAAUGGAGGAAAAGGCACGACUAUACGCUGCAAUGAAGCGAGGAGAUUACGUUCCAAAAGAGAAUGAAGCCGCGCCUCUAAUAGACUUCGACCGCAAAUGGGCGGAAGGAGAAGAAGGGAAGGAAGAUUAUGAGACAAGCAGCGAUGAAGACGGAGCCGACGACAGCGGCGAGUUGGUCGAGUAUGAAGAUGAGUUUGGCCGUCUACGAAAGGUUACCAAAGCAGAGAAGGACAGAUUGGAGCGUAGAGCGCGCCGAGGUCUACUAGGAGCCGAAGAGCUUGAGCGCAUGUCUGCAAGACCAGCAGCACCCAGCAAUCUCAUCGUCGGCGACGCGAUUCAGUCAAUGGCCUUCAAUCCCGAUGACCCGGAAAAGAUGCAAGAGCUGGCGCGGAAGCGAGACCGUAGCGCAACGCCGCCGCCAGCGCAACACUACGACGCAGACUGGGAGAUUCGCACGAAAGGCACGGGAUUUUUCAAGUUCAGCAAAGACGAAGAGACUCGAACGGCGGAGAUGGAGGGGCUCGCGGAAGAGCGCCGCAAGACGGAAGAGCAGCGUCGGGCCCGAGAGGAGCAGAAGGAGGCUAGGAGACGGGAGAUUGAGAAGCGGAGAGAGGAUAUGGCGGCACGGAGGGCCCAGAAACAGGCUGAUUCCUUCUUGGACAGGCUAGGGAAUUAA